AUGACUGUCACAGACGAGGCUUUACCCAAACCCUGUGCCCCUGCUCUGUGGCUAUGCAAGGUCCAGGACAGGGGCCAGCUUAGUGAUGUGGCUCCCAAGUUUAAAAAGGAGCUACGCAACCUCAUCGCAACACUGCUGCACCCUAACAGCCUGGCUGAGAAAGAGAUCAACGGCAACAAAGUCACCUGCAGGGGACUGCUGGAGUUCUUCAAGGCAUACAUCAAGAUCUACCAGGGUGAAGACUUGCCACACCCGAAGUCUAUGCUGCAGGCCACAGCAGAGGCCAACAACUUGGCAGCCGUGGCAGCGGCCAAAGACCAGUAUUACAAGAACAUGGAGAAGGUCUGUGGGGGAGACGUUCCCUAUGUGGCUCCUGCCUCUCUGGAGGAGAAGCACCACUUCUUCCUCCAGGAGUCCCUCCAUGUCUUCUCCUCCACCAAGAAGAUGGGAGGGCAGGAGUUCUGCGACCGCUACCGAGACCAGCUUGAGGCCGAGCUGGUAGAACUGUGGCAGUCUUUCAGUAAGCACAAUGAGUCAAAGAAUGUCUUCAGUGCAUUCCGGACGCCCGCAGUGCUUUUUGUCCUUGUGUGCUUCCUGUACGUGCUGUCAGGGCUGUUGCUCUUCAUCGGCCUGGCUACAAUUGCUUUGAUAUGUGACUGUGUCUUGGGCCUGGCCAUGGUCGCCAUGCUCACCUGGAGCUUCAUACGCUUUUCGGGAAAAUACCGGGGGCUGGGUGGAGUCAUCGACCAGACAGCAGGCAUCAUACUGCAGCAGGCCACUGUGGUAUUGAACAAGUCGAGGCCAGCUGUGGCUGAGAUGAGGAAAUCCAGCUAGAUGGCCUUGACCCUAUUAAUCUUAAUGCAAUACAACAUGCGCACAACACAAGCACACAUCCCAGCACUAAAGCCUUACCAUGCUACCCAAUGGAACCAACAUACAAGGUGCUGUUACAACACCAACAGAUGAUUAUAAUGGCAGUGGGAGGUCAACAUGAUGCACAUUCACCAGCAUCUUUUCAAUCGCACAAUUUUACACUGCAUACAAAGGUUAUAUCAGCGUCUAUCUACAUAAAGAUGAGACCGUAGUCUUACAGAGUAUCUGGGGCAAGGUGCAUUCUCAGACCCAUGGGGUUGUUUAUUCCCCUGGACCUGUUUUUAAAAUUGACUGACACUGCCAUUCUCACACACUUCCCCUCAUUUAUAAAGACAACCCAGUGAUGUUUACGUAGAAACACUAGACCCAAGUAUUGUAUUAUUGGACAUGCCAUGGAUUUGAAUGCAUCAUAAUCUAUGUAUCCUUUGUGACCAAUGCUUAGUACUAGGAGGCUGGCCAGGGCGCUUUUAAGUCAUGUUAGACUUAAGCAGUGUAUCCUCCUGAUGCAAUUUACCUAUGCUGUGCUGUAAUGGGGUAUACCAGUUAUACAUGUAGCCAGAUCUUUUUUACUUAAUGCUGGUCUCUUUAUACUGCUCUGUGGCCUUGUGCACAUUCCUUCCCAUUCCCAGUUUUGCAUUAUGCACCUUAUUUGCUUCCCCUUAUCCAUGUCAGGUAUUCCUUGUACUGCUUUCUCUUCUUUCUUGAUACCACGAUUGGUGAUUCUAAAACACAAGCCCACUUUAAAACACAAGCCCACUUGGCUGUGCAAGUGCUAAUGCAUUCCACUGUUAUCCUUUAAUUUUUAAACUGCUUCACUGCUUGUAACUUGACCAAAAUGUCAUAUGGUACAUUACUUCUGAACUUGGAAGGUUGGUUAAGAGAUGUUAGUUGCACUUGAGAAAUAAAUGCUCCAAAGAUGUUAUAUGUAAGAUUUUUCAGAGGAACUUGUGAUCAUUUUGAUUUUAUGGGAACCGUUUUCUUAACUGUUUUGUGUGUAAGCAGGUGAUGGGUAUUGUGAGGCGCUUCAGUGACCUGUCAGCCAAAAAACUACUUAUAAGCAUAGAGGUACAAUAAAAGGCAAGAUACCUCUUCCUCAGAAUCCAGAUAAAUCAACAUAGUUCUAGAAGUUCCAUUGUACCUGGGAUAGGAUAAAGUAAUCCUUCUAAACCCCCUUAAAAGAUUUAGAUGCACUAUUGUAAAGUGGUUGUUCCACUGGAUAUUAUAAGGUGAAUGCACCAAUUUGUAAGUCGCUCUGGAUAAGA